GUCGUCAUUAUGCUCUGGUAUUUAUAUGCAUCUGAUAUCUCAGCAGAGACAUACGACCACAGUGUUUGACAGCAGUGUUUUACUUAUCGACUUAUAGAUUUAUUGAAAACUAAGAAUACAACAAAAUGCCCGGAGCCAAAUCGAACACAGCCGUCAUCGUUCGCGUCCCGGACGGCCAACCCCCAAGCCUCUCUAAAGAGGACAUCCAAAUCCCAUCCCCAGAAUCGAAUCAGGUGCUUGUCAAUCUAUCGCAUGUUGCACAAAACCCGACUGAUGUCCAAGCCUUUGACUCCAACGCAUUCGGCGACGGAGCCGUUCUCGGUUGCGAUUUCGUCGGUGAAGUCGUUGAGUUGGGAGGUGGUGUUACCCGCUAUGCAAAGGGAGAUGUUAUUGCGGGGUUGGUGUGGGGAGGCGAGAAAAAAGGCCUAGGCGGGUACAGCCAAUACUGUCUAGCCGACGAACGCAUCUCGUUCAAGGUUCCUGGCACUCUUUCUCGUGAACAUGCGAGUACUGUCCCGUUGGCGUCGGCAACGGCGUGGCUUGCGCUGUUUUCAAAGGAUUGUCUUGCCAUUGAUAGGUCAAGCGGUGCUACUGUGUUGGUUUGGGGAGGUAGCUCAAGCGUCGGCCUCUACACCAUCCAACUCGCCACAAUCACCGGCCUGAACGUAGUAACAACAUGUAGCGCCAAACACACUGAUCUGGUCCGCUCCUACGGUGCAAAACAUGUCUUCGACUAUAAGGAUCCGCAAGUUGCCAAGAAGAUCAAGCAGGCCGCCCCUGAUCUGAAGUAUGUGUUCGAUACGAUCGGGCAGUCGGCUUCGUCAACGACUGCUUCAAAUACGCUCGCUGGAAACGGCAGUUUAUGUACCGUGCGGCCUGGGAAGGCAAACACAGAGAAUGUAGCCAGUGGUACCAAGGUCACAGACGUGUUAGUUUGGACGGCUUUCUUGAAGGAUCAUGCGUAUGGGGAGUUUAAGUGGCCUGCUUCGAAAGCGGAUCACGAACUUUGCACUGAGCUUUUCGAGAAGGUUCCUGAAUGGUUGGGGAAAGGUGUUGUUAAGCCGAGUAACCCCAAGGUAUUGUCUGGUUUGGAUAAGGUUGGCAAAGGGUUUCAGGAGUAUCGGGAUGGGAAAAUCUCGGCUUAUAAGAUUGUUUAUGAAGUUUGAGGUGACAUGUUAGAGUGAAUAUUAAUAGAGAAAAAAAAAAGCAAUAUUUCCGUGAAUAGAUUGUGAUGGUGGCCUUGGUACUGGUAAGCAGUGUCUGAUAGUGGUUAUGCAGCCCUGUAUGCAAUGGUAUAGCUUCCUGGUG